CUCUCCCCCUCCCCGCCUCUCCUUUAACUCCCCCCUCCUGGGCUCGGGACUGGUUUCCUCCCUUAGCCCGCUGCCCUCAAUCCCGGCGAGGCUGGGGCUCCAGCUCGGUGUCUCCUUCUUCGCUGCCUUGCCCGGCGCCCCAUGUCGCCCCCGCCCGGCCCUCUGCUCCCCAUGUCCCCCACGUAGCCCGGCGCACAAAUCCCGAGGUGCGGCGCGUGGGCCGGGGGCGCAUAGGGCGCCUGCAGACGGCCCCUGCAAGGGUUCUAGUGGGGCUGAGCGCUCUGGAGCCGGGGCGCAAGCAUCGCAGAAAAGAGGGUCCUUGUGGGAGCUGGGGGUGACUAGCCACCCACCAGGGUGACUGGGGCUCCACAGCGUGGUAGCCACCCCUGGGGGUGAGAGACUUUGGGGGAGUUGGUGCCCCGCCCCCAGGCCUUGGUAGGGUCAUGGGGGGCCCCCAUUUUGGGCCAGGGGGUGUGCAAGUCGGGGCCCUGCUGCUGUUAGGUUUUGCGGGGCUGGUGUCUGGACUCAGCCUGGAGCCUGUCUACUGGAACUCGGCGAAUAAGAGGUUCCAGGCAGAGGGUGGUUACGUGCUUUACCCUCAGAUCGGGGACCGGCUAGAUCUACUUUGUCCCCGGGCCCGGCCUCCUGGCCCCCACUCCUCUCCUAGUUAUGAGUUCUACAAACUGUACCUGGUAGGGGGUGCCCAGGGUCGGCGUUGUGAGGCACCCCCUGCCCCAAACCUUCUUCUCACAUGUGACCGGCCAGACCUGGACCUCCGCUUCACCAUCAAGUUCCAGGAAUACAGCCCUAACCUCUGGGGCCACGAAGUUCAGAUCCCACCACGACAUUACAUAAUUGCCACAUCAGAUGGGACCCGGGAAGGCCUGGAGAGCUUGCAGGGAGGUGUGUGCCUAACCAGAGGCAUGAAGGUGCUUCUGCAGGGACAAAGUCCCCGAGGAGGAGCUGUACCCCGAAAACCUGUGUCUGAAAUGCCCAUGGAGAGAGACCGAGGGGCAGCUCACAGCCAGGAGCCUGGGAAGGACAGCAUACCAGGUGACCCCAACAGCAAUGCAACCUCCCGGGGUGCUGAAGGCCCCCUGCCCCCUCCCAGCAUGCCCGCGGUGGCUGGGGCAGCAGGGGGGCUGGCGCUGCUCUUGCUGGGCGUGGCAGGGGCUGGGGGUGCCAUGUGUUGGCGGAGACGGCGGGCCAAGCCUUCGGAGAGUCGCCACCCUGGUCCUGGCUCCUUUGGGAGAGGAGGGUCCCUGGGCCUGGGUGGUGGAGGGGGGAUGGGACCUCGGGAGGCUGAGCCUGGGGAGCUAGGAAUAGCCCUGCGGGGUGGUGGGGCUGCAGAUCCCCCCUUCUGCCCUCACUAUGAGAAGGUGAGCGGUGACUACGGACACCCUGUGUACAUUGUGCAGGAUGGCCCCCCCCAGAGCCCUCCAAACAUCUACUACAAGGUAUGAGGGCUCCUCCCACUUGGCUCUCCUCAAUCCAGUCGCCCAUGGGGUGCUCCUCCAGUGUAAUUUGUGGUAUGAGGGACACCUGCGCCAUGACUUUGGCCCCCUUUGCCCCACCGGCUCUUUGGCUCCUUCUGGCUAUAGCCCCCAUCUCCAGUUUUAGGAUCCCUUAAGACUUGACUACACCUCUUCCUGCCCUCCCUCUGUCUCUGCCUCUUAGGGGAGGGGGCACAGGCUCAGCCUCCUUCAAUCACUACACAGGUGUCCUUUUCCUUCGCCCACCCAGAGUAGGGGUGGGAAUGGUCUGUCUUUUGGUUGGCACCUCUUUCUGCCUCUCACCGUUUUUCUCUUCUCUAUUUCUUAUUCUCUCUCUCCCUCUCCUGUGUCUAGGUCUGUUCUCUUCCUCCUCCCUAGCCUCCUCCUCCUUACAUCUCCUUUAACCCUCUUGGCUUCUUGUCCUUCCUGUGCCUCUCACGUGUCUCCUAGGUUGGGGCAUCAAAGUAUCUCUCCCUCGGCUCUUGGCCCUUUCCAACUUUUCAUACCAACUGCUCCCCUCUGUCUGCCAAAAUCGGGGGCUUCUGGGGGUUGGGGGGGAGAUUCUGGCACUCUACCCCCCCCAGCUCCAGGCAUGGGCACAGGGCCUCUUUCCCUGCCUUUCUAUGUACUUACUCCAGCCAUUUGGGGUGGUUACUGGGCCACAGCAAACUACCCUGAGAAGAAGUGUCCUGUUGUAUCCAGUGGCUGAUAGGAAGACAUGAAGCAGUGAAGACAUGAUGGACUGGAUCUGAUGCUAAAUGGGCAUCAGAUAGGAAGUGACUUGUUCCAGACAAGAAGUGACCAGGCCUGGACAGAAAUGGCCUGGGAAGUAAGUGGCAGCAGCAGGAACUGGAAGUGCCUUCGUCCAGAACAGGAAGUCGCACUUCUGAAAUAGGAAGUGGUCUGGCUGGAAUUCCAAGUGGCUUAGUCUGGGGAGGUGGUGGGGGUG